AUGUCGAUCAGUUCCUACAUCCUCUCGGGCAUCAGCUCAUUCGUGGUGGUGACACUGUCGCUCUUUGCCCUCGGUCAGAAGGUGCCUCGUGCCGCGUUUGUCGCGCGCUGUCUUGCCGCUUAUGGCUCCCUCCUCCUGUGUGCGACCUACGGAGUCCUCGCCUCCAUCGUGCUCCGCCUUGUCGGCUACGGCCGUAUCUCCCAAUGGGCCACCGCCCGUAGUUUCAAGUGGGUGAUGCGCUUCACCACCGGCGUCAAAUUUGAUGUUGUCGAGGGCAAGGAGCACCUUACUACCCGGCCAGCUAUUUUCAUUGGAAAUCACCAGACUGAACUUGAUGUCCUUAUGCUGGGCGAAAUCUUCCCGCCUUACUGCAGUGUCACGGCUAAGAAGUCUCUCAAGAAUGUUCCCUUCCUGGGAUGGUUCAUGACUCUUUCCAGAACUGUCUUCAUUGAUCGUGCGAACCGCGAAACUGCCAUGAAGGCCUUUGACGGCGCCGUCACUGAGAUGAAGACUCACCGCCAGAGCGUGUUCAUCUUCCCCGAGGGCACGCGGAGUUACUCCGAUGAACCCACUCUGCUGCCUUUCAAGAAGGGUGCUUUCCACUUGGCUGUCAAGGCCGGUGUGCCGAUCGUGCCUAUAGUUGUUGAGAACUACUCCCACAUCAUGUCGCCUCGCCAUCUGCGAUUCAAUGCCGGUUCCAUCAAGAUCAGGGUCCUCCCUCCCAUUGAGACCAAGAAUUUGACCCCCACAGAUGUGGACAAUCUUACUGAAACCACGCGCGAGUCAAUGCUCAAGAACAUUAUGGAAAUGGCCCACACCCAGAAGACCGAGGCCGAUGGCCGUGCCAACGGAGUCUCCACCGCUGUUCAGAUCUAA